AUGGCGAUAGAUAACUUGCAGCAAUUGACCUACGUGAUCAUUUCUGUCGCGUUUGCAAUCGGUACCUCCUCGAUAAUUCUCCGUCUGUACUCUCGAUGGCGCCUGGAGUUCUUCGGUCGGGACGAGUUGGUUGCCGUCUUUCUGUUGUGUAUCAAUGGAAUGCAACAAGCAAUUUUAUACACCCUGCUUCAUUAUGGCAGUGGAGUACAUCUUCGUGAGCUAUCCACAUAUCAGUGGGAAAAUAUCAUCAAGUGGUUCUUCAUCGAGGAUGUCAUCUAUAUGUUCGUCCACUGGACCCUCAAGCAGGCCAUCCUCGUGUCCUAUCUCCGGCUUUCUCCACAGAGGUCUUUCCGAAACACGGUUUACGGCGCCAUGAUUUUGAAUGCCCUAUUCACCAUCGCCAAUUGGCUACUCGCCUUUCUGCAGUGCAGGCCGCUAGAGGCUAUCUUUUAUCCGGGCGAAUAUCCAAACGCGAAAUGCAUCGGAACUUAUGUCGUUCUGAUGGUUCCAACCGGACUGAAUGUCAUCAUGGACAUCAUUCUCAUGAUUCUACCGAUCCCGACCGUUAUGAAGCUCCAAACGAAUGCCAAGCGUCACGCCACUCUCGGAGCCAUCUGCUUCGGCGGCCUGUCGCUAGUAACGCUGUUAUGUCGCUUUUAUGUCCAGAAACAAAUUGUCACGAGUUCGGAUACCACAUGGGUAAUGGGUCGAAUGGUCAUUGUGACCGCGAUAGAGAUCGAGAUUGGCAUGGUGGUGGCGAAUCUUCCCGCAUUGGGGACUCUCGUCCCCAACCUCACAAACAGCUUCCACGAUUCUCACAAGCUGCCAGAUUCGAGCAAACCCCGCUCGGACGGGGCCCAAAACCGGAAGAAUGGUGGUUCGCGCAUCUCACGGGCCGAACCGCCGAGUCUCGAGGAACUUGGCGCGACUCUGACAGGGUCGGAAGAAAAACUUCUCGGAAUGGGAAGCGGGAAGGUCAAUAUCACAGUCACAACGAAUGUGGAUGUUGCGUCGAUGCGGGUGCCGUCCGGGGUGGAUGAGUACAUCGAUCAUUUUGAUGAAUUACGCAAACCAUCGGAUGAUUAG